AUGCUGAUUCCAUUGCAUGGAAGUUCAAUUAACAUUCAUCCAAAUGCUCAAUGGCAACAGAAUGGUAUCACUGUUGCUGGAGGAAAUGGAUAUGGAAAUGGAAUCAAUCAACUCUCAAACCCAUUGGGUUUGUAUGUUGAUGAAGAUCAAACAAUAUAUGUCGCUGAUCAAUACAAUCACCGUAUUGUGGAAUGGAAAUGGGGUGCGACGAGUGGCCAAGUGGUUGCCGGUGGAAAUGGACAAGGAAGUGGGGCUCAUCAAUUGAAUAACCCAUAUAAUGUGAUUGUCGACAAAGAGAGAGAUUGUCUAAUCAUCUCCGAUACUUCGAAUAGAAGAGUGGUUCGAUGGCCUCGUCGAAAUGGGACAAGUGGAGAAACAAUCAUCUCCAACAUCGUUUGUGUGGGUUUGACAAUAGACGAGAAUGGAUCUCUCUAUGUCGUUGACUGUGAAAAAAAUGAAGUGAGACGAUAUCGAAGAGGAGAAUCUCAAGGAACAGUGGUUGCAGGUGGCAAUGGAAGUGGAAAUCGUCUCGAUCAACUCUAUAAUCCACACUACGUAUUCGUCGAUCGAGAUCAUUCAGUCUACGUGUCUGAAUGGGACAAUCAUCGUGUGAUGAAAUGGGUGGAAGGUGCAAAACAAGGCAUUGCCGUGGCUGGUGGUCAAGGACAAGGAAAUGGUCUUAGACAAUUGUCAUAUCCUCAGGGAGUCAUUGUCGAUCAAUUGGGCACUGUCUAUGUGGCUGAUGCAGGGAAUCAUCGAAUCAUGCGUUGGCCCAAUGUAGCCAACCAGGGAAGUGUUAUUGUUGGUGGAAACGGUAGAGGAGGACAAUCGAACCAACUCAAUGGGCCCACCGGUUUAUCAUUCGAUCGACAUGGCAAUCUCUAUGUCGUCGAUAACGGAAAUCAUCGAGUGCAAAAAUUCAAUAUCGAAUCCAAUAAAUAACGGACUAAAGUAACUUGAAAAAAAAAAACUUUGUACACUGUUUUUUUAAUUGAAAGUUUGUUUUGUUUUUGAGAAAAUAGAAAAUAAAAUGUGAGUAAUAACUAACAAUAAUAUAUGACUGAACCCAGGAGGCCGUUACGCCGAAUUUUUUUCAAAGAUUCCGAAUCCUUGAAAAAAUAUCCAAUUCCCUUUAUAUUAAAGUAAAAAAACUUUUUUUUUCUCGCAUUUUCUUCAUGAAAAGUGCCUGAAAAUUUUUGUAAUAAUACAGAUUCUUGUACAGCACAGUUGUCUGAUGAUAUCUAGAAAUCGCCUGCGCUUCAAAACCAUCAAAAUCAAAGGAUUCCAGAAGACUUUGCAUAAGACUAGAUGCACAGGAAUCUCAUCGUAACUGAUAUGCACUGAAUUCUUCAGGAGCGUUGAAAAUCCUUCUGAAUCCUUAAGAUAUUUGUACAAUACUCCUUUGCAGUCGUGUCUGACCAUCGUUGAUGAGUCAAAGGUCUAGAAACAUAAGAAAUGUAGGGUUUCCAGAAGCAUUUGCCUUGUUCAAAAUCCAUGAAACUUGAUAAUUAUUGAUAAAUAAAAAAUAUUCGUGAGAAUCCGUUUCAAUCCUUGAGACAUUUUCAUAAUUGUGUUUCGCCAUUACAUCGGAGCAUUCGCGUUGGUUUAGAUAUCUAGAAACCAUGAAAUUCCUGGGUUUCCAGAAGUCUUUCUCUUGUACGUUAUCCCGGAGCCAGGAUAAUUAAUGAUGCGCAAGGACUUCACAGGAAUCCUUGUGAAUCCUUCAGAUAAUUGCACAAUGAUGCUCCAUAAGUCUACCUAAGUGUCGCUGAUGGUUCAGAUCUUUAGAAAGCCAAGGAUUCCAGGGUUUUCAGAAGACCUUUCCUCUUCUGCAAAGACCAUGGGAACCUCGUAAUACGUGCGACUCAAAGAAUUUCCAAGAAUAAUUGCCGAUCCUUUAGAUAAUUGCAAAAUACUGUUCCACAAUCCUAUCGGAGCAUUGACGAUAGUCCUGAUGUCUAGAAAUCUAAGGAUUCACGGGUUUUCAGAAGACAGUUGCUUAUGGUCACUUCAUGGAAAUUGCACAAUGAAUGAUAUCUCCAAGUAAUCCUUGGAAAAGGUUUCUACAUCUUUUGAAUCCGUUAGAUAUUUGUACAAUAGUGUUUCACAAUGACGUCUCAGCAUUGUGUGAUGGUUCACGUGUUCAGAAAACCAAGGAUUUGUGGCCUUCCAGAACACCUUUCAUUUUCUUUUCCGAAAAUCAAUAGAACUUCUUAAUAAGUAGUACACAAAUAAAUUGUUGUGAAUGCUUGUGAAUCCUUGAGACAAUUCGACAAUACUGUUCCAUAAUCAUACCUGAGCACUGAGCAUCGACACUGAACCAGAUGUGUCGAAAAUAUAGGUUUCCAAGGUUGUAACAAGAUGUUUUCAUUAUGGAACAUCCAUGGAAACCUGACAAUACAUUACAGUCAGAGAAUUCUUGGAUUCGUUUCAAAAAAAACGAUUGCCAAAUCAUGCUUGAGCAUCGCUGGUAGUUGAAUAGCAUAGAAAUCCAAGGAUUCGGAACAUGACACAAUACGUUUUUUAGUGUAAAAUCUGUCGGAUCCCGACAAAAUAUUACACAUGAGGAAGCGUUUGGGAAUUCUUGAGAUUUCUGCAAUAUGCUCAUUGGACAGACAUGUGUGAGUAUCAAUUGAUAGUCGAGAUAUGUCGCAAUCGAAGGAUUCCAAGGAUACAAGAAGACGUUUUCCUUAUGCAUAAUCUAAGAAAACCUCGUAAGACAUGAUAACCAAGAAAUUCUUGGGAUUCGUUUGGAUUGCCUUAAUAUCCGUACGAUUUCUAUAACAGGCGAUUGCCAAACAAUGUCUGACCAUCACUUAUAAUCCAGUCGAGUAAAAAUGUAAGGUUUAGAAGGAGUUCUGAAGGCUUUUCCUUCCCACAUGAAUGAAUCCGAUACUGGAUCCGACCGGAUCUUAUCAGAUGCAAUCAACCAACAAAGUCCUAUGGGUGUCAGGACUCGGAACUACUAACGGUUCCCACGGGUGAAAUCUGUUUUAUUAAUUGGGUACUAAUUAGUACCUGAUUAUAUUAGUAGAGGUCAGUCAAAAGCUCGCGUGAGAUUACGUCAAAUUCCUACGGGAGAAUCCGGUAAUAUCCAAUACCAGAGAUUCGAAUUCCGAUAGGAUUUCGUUGAUUUUAUAAAAUCUCUAUACAAUUCGAUCGGAUCCGAUUAUCGGAAUGAUUCACCUGGGUUAUGUAAAAGCCAUGGAUACCUCAUAAUGCAUCAUAUGGAGAGAAUCCUUGGCAAAACUUUGAGAAUCCGUAGGAAACCUUAACAUACCUGCACAAUUCGGUACCACAAUAAUUCCUGAGAAUUCUCGAUGGCGACGAUUCCUCGAAAUGCAACGAUUCCAAAUGUUUCAGAAGACCUUUCGUUGUACAAAAUACAUGGGAAUCUCAUAAUACGUUAUACAGCAGGGUUCGAAACGAGCUGCCUGAUCCCGCCGCGGCUAUGGUUUUUUUAAUACUUGUUGUCAGACUGCAAGCCUGUUUGAAAUACCAAAUGUUGUCAAAAAAAGAAAAUUACAAGUAAGAAAACAGUUGAAUUAUACGUACGGUUAAUAUAAUAAACUCUAGAAAUUGCUC